CUCUAGUGUUUGGAAUAUGGACAUAGCAUAAUUGAAAUUAAAGUUACAAUAUUGAACCAGGUAUGGCCUCUCACUACAGUUGCAUCAUCUUGGCUUUUGUCAUUGCUAUUUCCUUUUCAAGCAUUGACAUGGCAUUAGCAUCACGCAAUCUCCUGCAGACAACAUUGCCAACUUUGCCUCAGGGAAAUGUCCCUCCUUUGCCUGUUUUCCCAAAUCUUCCACUGCCACCUUUUUCCUUCCCCAAUAUUCCUAUUCCUAAGAUCCCCAACAUUCCUAACAUUCCCUCAAACCCCAUAAUUCCAACCAUUCCUACCAUCCCUUUCCUCUCUCCACCACCUUCAACCACCACCACCCCCUGAAUCUCCCCUGCUUCACUUGGACACAUUCAUAAGCAAUAAUUGUCUCUACUUUGGACUUGGAUGCUACCUUCCAGUGAUGUUUAAGCCAUAUACUAUACACAGAUUAUUUUACUUAUAUGUUGUUUAUCUUCUGUUGGAGUCUUUUUUUCUUUUCAAUGUACUUCUUCUUGGCCUUUGAAUACGUGUAUCUUUUUUUUUUGGGCACUUUUGCAUUACUUCAUGUACCUGGAGAGUGGAGACCCAUUUCUAUAAAGACUGUACUACUCUAUGAUAUAAUCUUGUUCACUUUCCCAAAAUAUACGUUGCUAAUGUUUGAUUUGCAACUUUGUAAA